ACCAAAAAGAGAUCGACAAACCAUUGAAAGUUGGGUGGUGGGCCCCACUCUCCCCUUCCCCUCUUCGCUCCAUUACCAUUUACGACAACACCGUCCUUACCGACUCCGACGUCACGUGUUGAGCGAGAGAGAGAGAGAGAGAGAGAGAGAGAGAGAGGAGAGAGCGGGUGGAAGGAAGGAGCAGGGAGGGACGGGGAGAAGAACUGAACAGGGAGAGGGAGAAAUGUCCUCCGCCACCGCCACCGCCACCGCUGCCGACACUACCGUCGUGCCACAGACGGUGGAAGCAGAAAUGAAGACGUACUGGUGUCACGAAUGCGACAUGAGUGUUGCUCUGUCUCCCCCUUCUUCGUCGUCGACUCUACUCUGCCCCCAUUGUCACACCCACUUUCUCGAACUCAUGGACUCCCCUUUCUUCCCUCAAUCAGAUUCUCAUUCAUUUCCCGCUUCGCUUUCCCUCUUCGACACCCCCUACCUUCAACACCUAAUCCAGAACCACCUCCUUCCCUCGGACGACGACGACGACGACGGUGAACUUGAGUAUGACGACGUUUUCGAGGACCCGUUAUCUCUUCUCUCCACAAUACCAAAUACCACCUCCAAAUCUUGCUCUGAUUCUGUACCCACUAUAACAGUUACCUCUUCAUUGCUAUCGCAGCUUGACCCUGGAGGGGUUCUUUGUGCGGUUUGUAAGGACCCAAUUGGGGUUGAUGCGCAGGCUAAGCAGCUUCCGUGUAAGCAUUUGUACCACUCCGAUUGCAUUACGCCGUGGCUGGAGCACCACAAUUCGUGCCCACUUUGUCGCUUUCAGCUCGUCGGCGAGCAAGAGGAGGAGGGGGCUUCUCAGGCGAGGAGGAUCAGAAGGCAGUUGAGAACAGCCAUGACGAGGCUGUCUGAAUUGAUGGAAGAGGAGGAUGAUUUCUACGGGUUGAGGACCACUCUGAGUCACAUUGCUAGUAGACACCGUGUUCUUUCUUCUGCUAUUUCGGGUCAUAGGAAUGAUGAGAACCCUUCUGAUUCCCUGUCUUCCCCUCGGAUGACGGAAGCAGAUUCUGUGUCUGCCGGCGGAAAUGGUAAUUCGGAGUCUGUUUCGAGCUGAUUGGUCAUUUAUGCAAAUUCAACGUGAUAUUAGGCAUAGGGUUUUUAUCUGUCAUGGAAGUCUUGAAGUUGUGUCACCAUAGAUUGGCUAAUCAAGUGUAAAUCUGCAGCGGUGGCUGUGCUAAUCUUUUACUUUUUCCUUUUUGGGGGAUAAUGUAGAAAAAUUUUAGGUAGACUCAGUUUACAAAGGAGAAGUAGAUCAAAUCUAUCAUAAAUAUACACAAACAUCUCAUGAUGAAGUGUAUCUUCAUGAUCAUUUGGUCUGCAUUCUAUAUUUGCAAACAGGGUCUAUCUCGAAGCUUAAUAAAUUUUGCUAGGUAGUUACGGUACAAAGGUAAAAAUUACAAAUAAACUGGUAGAGUGCAUAUGUGCUUUGCAUUUCUCUUCCUAGCCUGCCCAGCCCCUUCAUCCCCUUCCCUAAUCAUGUCCAUAGAAAGCAGUUUCUCCAAACUAGUUUCUCUCCACCUUGUCUGCAAUAAAAUGUUUCUGAGGUUCAUCUUUCAUCUGUGAUGUGUCUGAACUGACGUUGUUCACUGAAUCAUUUGGAACGGAUCAGGCUUUGAUUUCUCAUUUGAUGUGUAUGUUGACUACCAUAAUUAGUAAUGGGAUACAAUUGGUCGGGUUGGGAACUGAUUGUACCAGCUGUUAGACUCUAUGUAGAGAUUCUUUUUACAAUACUCAUGUAGUCUUGUUUGUACAAGUCUCGGACUCAAGAAAAAUUUUACUCUUCGUUAA